UGCCAAUCAACGACACGAAAUCAAUAAGAAGGAUCGACAUUUCACACACACGUAUUCUCUCUCAUCGCUCCAUCUGUGAAGAAUCUACUACAAAGAGAAGCGUGUGCUUCACCAUCGCUUAAAGUCGGGAUGUUCUAUAUAUACGCGCUCGCACAAAUUCCGAAUUUCCCAUUACCCACAUUUGUGUUCUGUUACCCUAAAAAGCUGAAGAGAAUCUUACAGAGAGUGGAAGGGUAAUGGGAAAUUACAGGGUAUGCUGGUGUUUUACUAGGAAGUUCAAGAUAUCGGAAGCAGAGCCGCCGACUGAUGUCAAAGAAGCAUUCAAGAAGUACUCCGACGAUGGGAUCCGCAUGACGGCAGAUCAGCUCCGGCGGUUUUUGGAGGAUUACCAGGGUGACAAUGAACACGAUUCUUCGAUUUCUGAAGCUGAGCGUAUAGUAGAGCAGAUACUUCACAAGCGGCAUCAUCUUGCCAAGUUUAUUAAUAGGAAAGCUCUUUCUCUAGAGGAUUUUCAUCACUUCCUCUUCAGCGUCGACCUUAAUCCACCAAUUCGAUCACAGGUUCACCAAGAUAUGACUGCUCCCUUAUCCCAUUACUUCAUAUACACCGGCCACAACUCUUACUUGACUGGGAACCAGUUAAGCAGCAAAUGCAGUGAAGUUCCAAUCAUCAAAGCACUCAAACGAGGUGUAAGAGUCAUAGAACUUGAUCUAUGGCCAAACUCAUCAAAAAAGCAUGUGCAUGUUCUUCAUGGAAGGACCCUGACGAGCCCUGUAGAACUCUUGAGGUGCUUGAAAGCAAUCAAAGAGUAUGCUUUCGUGGCUUCUCCCUAUCCAGUCAUCAUAACACUCGAAGACCACCUUACACCUGAUCUUCAAGCAAAAGUAGCUCAGAUGGUCACUGAAACAUUUGGGCCAAUGCUAUAUUUCCCUGAAUCAGAAAAAUUGGAAGAAUUCCCAACACCUGAGAGCUUAAAGUAUCGGAUCUUGAUCUCAACCAAACCCCCAAAAGAGUACCUUGAAGCUGAAGAUGACAAACAUGGUAGCUCAAGAAAGAGCCACGUUUCUUCUUCUUCUUCCUCUUCUGAUGAUGAUGAUUCUUGGAGCGAAGAGCCUUCAAGAAAUGUAUCAUAUGAAGAAAAAUGUUUUAAGUCAGGAAGUGAUAGGAGUGACCAUGAUGUUGACACUGAGGGAAAAAUAUCACCUUUAUCUCCUAUUUACAAGAGGCUAAUUGCAAUUCAUGCUGGCAAACCAAAAGGUGGAUUGAAGGAUGCAUUGAAAGUUGAAAAGGACAAAGUUAGGCGCCUAAGUUUGGCUGAACAAGCACUUGAAAAAGCUGUAGAAAAUCAUAGACAUGAUGUAGUAAGUCUCCCUACCCUCAGGUUCAGCCAAAAGAAUAUUCUUAGGAUUUAUCCCAAAGGAACUCGUAUAACCUCCACCAAUUACAAGCCACUAAUCGGUUGGCUACAUGGAGCUCAAAUGGUUGCAUUUAAUAUGCAGGGAUAUGGUAGAUCACUGUGGUUAAUGCAUGGAAUGUUUAGAGCUAAUGGAGGUUGUGGAUAUGUGAAAAAACCAGAUUUUUUAAUGAGACAAGGGCCCACGAAUGAGGUGUUUAAUCGUAAAGCAAAGCUUCCACCCAAAACAUCUUUAAAGGUGAAAAUCUAUAUGGGAGAUGGAUGGCGUUUUGAUUUUAAAAAAACUCAUUUCGAUAAAUACUCCCCACCAGAUUUCUACACCAGGGUGGGUAUAGCUGGAGCACCAGUUGAUAAAAAAAUGAAAAAGACAAAGAUGAAGGAGGACAACUGGACACCUGUUUGGAAUGAAGAGUUUACAUUUCCAUUAUCAGUUCCUGAAUUAGCUUUUGUUCGAAUUGAAGUACAUGAUUACAACAUGUCAGAAAAAGAUGAUUUUGCUGGCCAAAUUUGUCUGCCUGUUUCUGAAUUGAGGCCAGAAGAUAUUCCUGGGAUAGAAAGAGAAGCAAAAUAA